AUGGAGGGGGUGGGAAAAGAAGAGGGCAAGGUCCGAGCUAGGAAGGCAGAAGGCAGCAUGAAUUUAGAUGGAGUGGCUGAGGUGACAUUAACAUCAGGUGGCCCCAAUCUUAGUAAAGAAGAUGAUGUCAUCCGCGGAGAGUGCAGAUACCUCAGUGGGGCUGAGGACUCAAGAGAAGCUCGGGAAAUUCUGGGGAAAUUGAUGGAUGGAAAUGAAGUACGCACACAUGACAAAAGUCGAAAGGAAAAAAAGAAAAAUGAAGGACUGGCUAAAUGUAAUGAAAGUGCUGCUAGUUGGAAAGCUAAAUUGAAGUUAACCUCAGUGGAGAAUAGCACAGAAGCAACAGAGUUCAUCCUCUUGGGAUUAACAGAUGACCCCAACCUCCAGGUUCCCCUCCUCCUGGUAUUUUUGUUCAUCUACCUCAUCACUUUGGUUGGGAAUGGGGUGGGGGUGAUGCUGGUCAUCUACUCAGACUCCCACCUCCACACUCCAAUGUACUUCUUCCUCAGCGACCUCUCCUUUGUCGAUCCGGGUUACUCAUCAGCCGUAGCUCCCAAGACAGUGGCUGCACUGCACUCAGGAAACAAACUCAUCUCCCACAAUGGAUGUGCUGCUCAGUCCUUCUUCUUUGUGGGUUUUGCCACCGUCGAGUGCUACCUCCUGGCCUCCAUGGCCUGUGACCGCCAUGCAAUGCUGUGUAGGCCCCUUCAUUACAGCACCACCAUGACAGCAGGUGUGUGUGCCCUCCUGACAAUGGGCUCCUAUGUCUGUGGCUUCCUCAAUGCCUGCAUCCACACAGCAGACACCUUCAGACUCUCCUUCUGUGGUUCAAAUGAGAUGAAUCACUUUUUCUGCGAAGUCCCUCCACUCCUGGCUCUCUCGUGCUCCAACACAUGCAUGAGCAAGCUGGUGGUCUUCUUUGUCAUGGGCUUCAAUGUCUUUGUCACCCUCCUGGUCAUCCUCAUCUCUUACUUCUUCAUAUACGUUGCCGUUUGACGGAGGCAUUCUGCGGAAAGAAGGAGGAAAGCCUUCUCCACCUGUGCGUCCCAUCUCACGGCCAUCUCCAUUUUCUAUGGAACAAUCAUCUUCCUGUACUUACAGCCCAGCUCCACCCACUCCGUGGACAUGGACAAAAUAGCAUCUGUGUUUUACGCGGUGGUGAUUCCCAUGCUGAACCCCUUGAUUGACAGUCUUAGGAACAAAGAAGUGAAACAUGCUCUCUGGAAAAUACUCAACAAACUUAAUUCCCAGUCUUUAAGUGUGAGUAGGAAGUAG